AUGUCAACUAGCACCCCCACUACUACAACAUCUGAGCCGGUCCCCUGCAUAGUAUAUAAAUACAUCGGUGAAGGUCAUUGGCACGAUCAAGGAUCUGGUUUUUGUGUCUACAAAACGGUACACGAAGACAAUGGCGACGAACACGACGAAAUACUUGUCCAAGAUGUGGAUGAUCAGUCCUGCCUUUUGAUAUCGCAGGUUUCUGAACACAAAAAUCAUGAGCAACAUAAAGAAACUAUGAUUCUUUGGAAUGAGGGUACAGGAGCAAAUGAAGUAGCACUGUGUUUUACAUCGCGCGAGAAUUGUGACUAUAUAUGGCACGUUAUCGGGAUAGAGAGAGGGAAAGAGGGAAAGGAAGAAUGUAAAAAGAGUGUGCGAGCGAACAUGUUGAUAAAAGAACGAUGUGACACUGCCACCGAUAAUCGCCUCAAAACAGCUGUUGAUGAGACGCUGGAAACUGGAGAUAGAACACCACCGAUGACGAAUGAUUUCCAAGACGUAGCUACGCUUCCCAUGCCUGAACUAUCCAACUUGGACGAAAUUACAAGAAGUCUUAGCAGUGCAAAAACAGAACAAGAUAAGCGUCGACUAGCAUUUUUUAUUGUACUAGAUAACUACAUUGAUAAGCUGUUGUCCGUAUUUGAGUCAUGCAAAAAUAAGAAAAGCAAAAGAGGUCCGCGUAAGCUGUACACUAUCAUGAAGUCCAUCAUUUUGUUGAAUGACGAAGCCAUUAUUGAGCUCGUAGUUCGUGAUGAGUAUAUAAUGGAGGUUUUGGGCAUACUUGAAUAUGAUCCGCAGAUACCAGAUAAGAAGGCAACACAUCGAAGAAAUCUAGCAAAACUCUCCCAAAUGAAACCAAUCGUCCCGAUUCAAAAUGAACGGAUCAAUUCCAAGAUACAGCAAACUUUGCGGCUACAAUAUCUCAACGAUGUCAUUUUGUGCAACACUAUCGACGACUCAGAAAAAUCAACCCUGCGUUCGCUGAUAAAUUUCAACAACCUUGCUCUUGUCAAUUAUUUUAAAGACGAAGAGAACCAGGAGUAUUUGCACGAGCUGUUUUAUAUUUUUAGAGACGAGAAGUCGAGCGAUGAAAUGAAGAAGGAAGCUUCCAAGUUCGUAAUACAGCUCUGGAUUAUGGCAAAGGAGGAUCAGACCGCUGCGCGUGCAGCUCUAGCCAGAACGCUGGCCAAACAUGGCAUUUUCGAUAUGUUUCCGUUUGCCCUGUGUGCAGAUGAUGAGCUUUUGCGUACCCAUGCUGCAAACGUCCUUGAUUCCAUUGUAGAGCUUGACGUAUGCCUUUUACGUAAAUACACCAUUGAACAAACGAGAACAAAAAACGCUGAAGAUACUACCUUGGGCACGGUCCUUAAGCGAUUUGCACUCGAUAACACGGAUCCCGGUCUAAAGAUACAAUACGCAGAAAUUAUCAAGGCGUCGAUGAACUUGGGCAAUGGCAAAUUGGUGAUGCUACGUAAACAAGAUCUUGAUACUCAAAUGUAUCUCACUGUAUUCUACGAAAGUUAUUGUAACCUACUACUGCGUCCGUUUGAACAAGUAGAUGUCAAACCGAUCAAGCUAGAUGGUCCAAUAGAAGAGCUCAAACUCACUACAGAUCAGUCAGAUAUAUGCUUAUACCUAUGCGACCUCAUUUGCUUGGCUAUACGACAACACAGCUUCCUUAGCAGAAUUUUAAUGCGUUCCACCGACUGUUUUGUCAAGAUUGCACAACUGUAUCGAUGCAAACAAUCUCACCUGAAGCUUGCGGCGUUGCGCGUAUUCCGCACUUGUAUCGGCCUAAGCGACAAGUAUACCCGACUUCUUAUAAAAUUCAAUGUAUUCGAACCGACAAUACGAGUGCUUUUGGAUACCGAUGGCCGCUACAAUGCGCUCAACUCUGCGUGUCUUGAGAUGUUGGAGUAUAUAAGAAGAGAAAACAUCAAAUUAUUGGUCGAACACUUAAUAGCAAACUACGGUUCGGUGCUGGACACCAUCAGCUAUGUAACGACCUGCGAAAUGUUACGGUUACGACACGAGCAAAAUAUCGAGCCAAAUGACUCAAAUGAAGCUGGAGAUGAGGCAGCAAGAGAUAACUUGUUACGUGGCAAUGGUCAAGACGCUAGUGCAAUAGAUGAUGCAGCGGCCGAAGAAGAGUAUUUUAAUAACCAAUCGUCGGACGAAGAAGAGGAUCAGCCAAACAAAGCAUUAGCAGAAAGCGCAUCGCCGAAUGCAACGUCUUCAAUUGAACCAUCAAGAGGAGGACCGCUUGUCAAUUAUAAUGAUUCAGAUUUAUCAGACGAGGAGAUGGAUAAUAAUGAAGAAGAACAGCAAACAAUAGCGGUAUCGUCAUCAUCAUCAUCACCGCCAUCUGGUGAUAAGCGCCGCCGGUCAUUCUCAUUCGAUCACAAUAAAGACAGCAACAGCAACAAUAUUGACACUAAUAAUAAUGAGAGCACACUUACUACAGCUGAAAUCGAAGAAUCGGCGGUAUCGAAAUCGAAAUCGCCGUCUCCUUCGCCACCUACAGCACUUGGCACAACAGCAACAACAGAAGAACAGAAAGCAGAACGUGCAUUGUCACCACCACCUUUACCCAAACGACGCAUGGAUGAUGAGGAUGACGAGGACGACGUCUUAGCAACACGAAACAAGAGAAGGAAACGCACACCGUCACCAUUGGCAUCAUCAAAAGCGUCUCCAAAAAAGAUCAUCAUCAAACCUCAAAUCCGAAAACUGCGGUCAAACAGUAAAUGAAAAGACUCAUUGUUGAAAAAAGAACUUUGUACAUAUAACAAUAAAAAAGAGAAUAUCCACGUUGCGACAUUAACGUGUAAGAUGAUGUUGGAGG